AUGGCUGAAGACGGUGCGAGGAAGAGGUCCAAAUUAUCGCCCGCCGUCGACGGACCUCGCUCAGUCUUUCCAACAGUCAUGGAUCUGACAAACGACGAAACACCUUCCAACCCUGCAGCAGACGCCUCCCUCUCACAGGAGCUUCAGACUCUCAACACACUCCGCGGCGACUUUGACAGCCUGCGACAACUCAACACCUGCAAAAUCUGCGAACGCCUCAUGUACGAACCCUACGUUAUCUCCUGCGGCCACACAUACUGCUACAGCUGUCUCUGCACAUGGUUCGCCACCAGCCACAAAAAGACUUGUCCCAACUGCCGCGAACUCAUCACACAAGCACCUGCUCCCUCCUACGUCAUUAGAGAAAUGAUUCACAUCUUCAUGAACCGCCAUCACUUGCUCCCCGACGGCGAGACCAUCGAGCAACACCAGCAAUGGGCGUUUGAAGAGGCGGAAAUGGUACGCAAUGAUAAGAGCAAUGGCGAUUCGAAAACCGGUGGGUUGUUCAAGGGUGUCUUUCGUAAACGUCGCGAGAGAUUGCUUCCUAAUCACGAUCCCAUCGAUCAUGUCGACAGAUGCCCACGCUGUAACUGGGAGAUUGAAGAUGGCAUGUGUGUCCAAUGCAAUAUACAUAUGGACAGCUGGAGCGACACGGACAGCGAUAGCAGCUCAGACAUGCACGGCGAAAGCAUCCCCGACGACUUCGAGGACGAGGAUUUGGACGCUGACGCAGAGCAUGGAGAAUUCGAUAUGGACUUUACACCCGAGGAAUACGCUGCCUGGAUGCGGACGCAUGACAUACUGGGACCAGAAAGUGCGCAUUCAACGCUGACUCGGAGGGAAGCCCGACAAUUACGUGAAGAAUUGGUACGGUCAAUGCAUAGAGCUCGCAGGCAUAACGGUCGCUUCCCGGGGGGCUGGAACCAUCACAUCGUUCUGGAUGAAGCCUCUGAAGACGACAUCGAUUUGAACGAGGAAGAUGAGGACGAGGAUGAGAUUGAUGACGACGAUGAAGAUGCAGGCUCCCUGGAUGAGUUCGUGGACGACAGAGACAUCAACGACAUCACCGCCUACACAAUGAGCUCCCCGAUAGCCAGCGACGACACACCAGCCAGAAGAGACAGGCGACGCAACCGACGCGAACAGCGCGAAUUCGAAAGACAAGCAAUGGCACCCAUCGACAUUUCAAGUGCAGCUUCAGGCUCUGCUUCAAGCUCAGAAUCAGAAUCCGACUCCGACUCCGAUGGCGUGCGCCACAAUCCUCACUUCCGCCGUCCACAAGUACCCGUGUAUGAGAUCCCUUCAGACGACGAUGAAGAGCCAGUAGCGCCUCUCCGCCGCCGCACAGCCCGGGUUAUCGAUAGCGAAGAAGACGAUGAUGAGGACGAAGAACCACAACCGACUUCCCGGCGCACCAGACGCCCAAUCGUCGUCGACAGUGACGAAGAACCUUCAUCUUCCGACUCUUCAAGCGAGGAAGAGGACGAAACAGAUCAUUCCUCACGUCCCUGCACCCACAACCGGCAUAGCAACAAUCCUCAAAAGCACAGCCAUGCGCAUCAGCUAAACCAAACUCUCGACUCUUCUGACCAAGACUCCUCCGAUGACGAUGAAAACAACGUCAACUCUGAGGACUACUCAAGCAUGACCGAACCCUCGAGACCAGCAUCUCAAGAGCCAGAGUCCGACGAGUACGACUCUGAUGCCGUAGCAGCGGGAGCCAAUUUCUCGCCGAUGAGUGACGGUCAAGGUGAGCAAGAGGGCCAAUUGGGAUAUUUUGACGUUUAUGGCGAGGAGGUUGAGGAUGAGGGAGAGGGUGGUGGGUAUGAGGAUUAUGAUGACGACGAGGACUGUUAUUGA